GAAGAAAAGUUUCCCGCCGCUGCGCUGUCGUAUUAAUGUCUUGCAUUAGCGCCAUUUUCGUGUAUAGGAACAGUAUUAUCGAAACGUAGAUUGUGUCUUGUUGCCAAACAUUUGAAUUUCCUGUUAAUAAUUCGUCAGUGACCGAGAUGAGUUCAGAAGGAUAUCAGCAGAGGGGAACGAGAGUGUAUGUGGGAGGUUUAAAUGAAUCAAUUAAAAAGGAAGAUUUAGAAACAGAAUUUGAGAAAUAUGGGAAAUUGAACAAUGUCUGGGUAGCAUUCAAUCCACCAGGUUUUGCUUUUAUUGAGUUUGCAAAUGAAGGUGAUGCAGAAUCUGCCUGCAAUGACUUGAAUGGCUUUGCAUUAAAUGGCUCAAAAUUGAGAGUAGAGAUUUCACGGGGAAGGGGCCGUGGAGGUAGAGGUGGAUUUCGUGGGUCAGGGGGUGGUGGUAGAGGAUUUUUUGGGAGGGGAGGCUCUAGGGGCUCAUAUGACAGAGGUAGUUUCCGCGGAAGCCGUGGUAGGGGAUCUUCAAGAGGACGCUACGGAGAUGACGACUACAGUUCCAGCCGUGGCAGCUAUGGAGGAAGCAGAGACUACGAACGUGAUGGAGCUCGUGGAUCUGGCUACAGGGUUUCAAAUAAUUACUACGGUGGUGAUACUGGCUCAUCGAGGUAUCGCAGUCGCUCCCCAGUGGGGCGUGGCAGCUCCAGGGACUAUGGGAGUGCUGAUGGUUCAUUUGGCUACGGUGGUAAUCGAUCAGGCGACGGAUACUAAAGCGGUCUGCGAUGAAAAUGGAAGGACUUCAAGUCCCUUUCCUUCACGACCACAUUUUUGAUCGUCGAGAGAACGGGGCACUAUCCAACGACACCACUUUUGUGGUCGAUAAUUUCGUCACAUUAAGAGCUUCGAGAUUGUAACCGCAUCCAAAAAAUGAUCUCCGAGUUCAUCUGAAUAGCCCCAAUGUGUGGAAGAACUGCCCAAAAUGUUUUAUUUGUGAAGUGUUGAUUACUGAAACAAGAAUUAAGGAAUGAACAUUAUAGGUUUACUCAUUCUGUGUUAAGUUUUGAGUGUAUGGACAAGCUUAAAUAACAGUUGCUAUGUCAUGCAGCUUCCCAUUUUUCACACAUUAUCAUAACUUUUUUAUAUUUCAUUCUUUCACCAAGUAACUUCAGUGUUAAGAUUAAUGGUAUUACUAAAACAUAGUUUUCGUGUUUAGUGUUGAAUAAAGUCCUUCAAUGUGAGAAAGUUCAA